AUGGAUGCAGUUUCCGGUCGAAAGGAACAAAUGCCAUCUGGAUCGGCGCCUGACCGCACCUUCUUCCAGCCAUGCGCGGAAGACGGCAAGAAAAUCCUUCCCGAGGCAUUUUGUCCCGUCUGCGAGGAGUUCCUGUGUUUUACAUGUGCCCGAGUACACCGGAACCAGAAAAUAACCAAAAGCCACGCCCUACAGGACAAGUCUAGUAUGCCUUCCUCAUUCCGCGAAGAGAGUGAAGAUGAAAAGUUUAAAGAAACAUGUCAGCGUCAUGGAAUAGAGUUCAUAAAAUAUUACUGUCUUAAUCAUGAAGAACUUCUGUGUGGAGACUGCUUGGCUGAAAAAGCUCAUCGCUCAUGUAAUAUUGAACGAAUUUCUCAAUUGGCGGAACGUUACAAAGAGGGUGAAGAAUACAACAACCUGAAAACAGGACUUGUCCAGACGGCAAAUGACAUUGGCAGACUGUCACCCGACAUACAGGCGAUCAUGAAAUCAGUUGACGAAGAAUGCCUUACCAAUAUUAAUGAGCUUCGCAAAUUCAGGACUGAAAUUAACCAGUACCUGGAUAAGUGGGAAAACGAACUCUUGGCAGAAAUUGACCAGAAGAAACGAACAUCCAAUACACUGCUUAAUGAACUGAAAUCAAAAUGCACAAACAUGAAAUCAUCCAUUGAGAAACUAAAGUCGGAGCUACAAGAACAGGACGACAACACCAAUCAGCUGUUCAUAGUAGGGAAGCGAGCUAUAAAAGAACUAGCAGGUCUCCAGGAAGCCCUUGAAGAUGUGAGCAGGAGGAGUGAAGUUCCCCGAUACAAGUUUCAAUGGGACCAAGCAACUGAACAGUUAAUAGCUUCUGAUAAUGCAAUUGGAACGUUGGAGGAGGGCAAAUCAUCUUCGGCCUUAGGGCAGCACCAACGACCACAGCAGACGAACCAGGAACAACCACAACAGGAGACGACACAACAACACCAAAAACAAAUAAAAGCCUUAUCACAAACAGCCCACUUCAAAGGCAGCGCAGACCUUAGCCUGACAAAGUUCAUCAGACAGCCUGACAUUUCAGUGAAAACAUUAGGUGAAACCCGUAAUUGCUACCUGACCAGUGUGGCCCAUCUGACCGGGGACAGGCUCCUACUGGUAGAUUGCGCUAAUUACUCAUUGAAGCUUGUAGACACCAUGAAUAACAAGCUCGUGUCUCAGGUGAAACUGCCAGUGUUGCCGUGGGACCUGUGUCUCCUGCCUGGGGACAGGGCAGCAGUCGCUCUGCCUGGGGUUGAGAAGAUACAGUUCGUAUCUACUCGGGGAAUUAUCACACUACAGGAAGUUGUUAAAGUAGAUGGAUACUGUCAUGGAAUAGAAUUCUGUGAAAACAACUUGAUAGUGUCCUUCUCCUCCCCAGGUAAGUUUGUGUUGAUGGACAUGAAGGGAAAUGUGAAGAAGAGCGUGGACAAAGACAGCAAUGGAAAACCUUUGUUUAUGCAUCCUGAGUAUCUGACAAUGACCAUAGAGAGUCAGACUCCGGUCAUAUAUAGCUCAGACUGGGGCAUCAACACCAUAACCAAGCUGAGCAUCUCACUUGAGGUUCUCAAGAACUUCAAGCACCCGAUACUGAGCUCACCAUCUGGUCUGGCAUCCGUGGGGGACAACCAGCUGCUCGUGUCUGGGAGGGACAGUAACAACAUCUUAGUGCUGGACACGCUCACCUGCGAGAUAACCCAACUGCUGGGGAAGGAAGAGGGAAUAGAGAGUCCAUUAAGUGUUGCUUACUGCCCACAGAAGAAGAUGAUGUUUGUCACCUGCAGUCGGUAUGGCAGACCUGAAUUGGAGAAUUUCGUGAAAGUAUUCAAAGUAACGUAA